AUGGAGCCGUGUGGAACCCUGUCGUUGCCGGCCCCGCUCACGAUAAGGGCAGCUGCGAUUGCAGCGCGCGGGAGCAAGGCUGCUCUGCCACCCACCUACCGUCAGCAGGCUGUCGCAGCAGUCGAGGCAAGACGGCCAAGAUGGGCAUCUGCUGGUGCGGCGGCUACUUGUACAAUGGUCGGCCUGGCUAUGCACGGGGGCAUCCGUUUUCAGGGGCGCCGAAGGCUGUCUCCGCUAUGCCGUGCUGGCAGACGAGGGGCAAAGGCUGCUGCUGCCUCCAAGUAUUAUGAAGUUGUUCCCCGUGAAGGCUGCGCCUUCGGUGCUUCAGUCCGGGGCUUCAGUGUCAAAGAUGUGCUGGAUGACGCAGCUGCUAUGGAACAGAUCCGUUCGGACAUGUACAAAUAUCGCCUUUUGAUUUUCCAUGGGCAAACAGAUCUUAUGCCAGAUGAUCAUAUCAAGCUGAGCGAGCAUUUGGGGUCCCUGGAGCACAUCCUGCACAGACCGCACCCCAAGUCACCAGACCCACGGCUACUUCGUGUGGCCAACGAUGACCGGGAAGGCUUCAUGUCUGUGGGCACGAGUGGCUGGCACGUUGAUGGCGUGAUGUUGCAAGCACCGUUUGCCGCCCAGACCAUGCACCACUUGCAUGCCAUACCUGGUGGGGACACGAUGUUUCUAGGCAUGAACGAGUUCCUGGAAUCUAUGGAUGAGGACCUUCGUGCACUUUGCGAGCGUCUUUGGUUUGUGUCAGGUGUGGGGGAAGAUCUGCAGCAAGGCGAAGGGCAGAUGUCCCUUCUGCCGUUGGUCUACAAGCACCCUUUCAGCGGAGAGAAGACCAUGUGUUUUCACUUGGGUCAGACCUACUGCCUGGGAUUCGUCGAGGAGCAGCCCCUGAACGCGCUGCUAGAUGCCUUUGCCAACGUUAUGACCCGAGGGGACAAGCUCAUGAACGAUGCGCGAUCCUCUCUGAAAAGGGUCCUUGCAGGACCUGAUGACAACUGCCCGUCACAAUUUCGGUUCUUGCCAGCAUUGCCCGUACAGGACUGCCUGCAGAAGGCCAUUGAUGGGAUGGAUCCAGAAACACGCAGCCAGAGCAUUUUGCGAGUGGAGUGGGACAGAGGUGACCUGGCCUUGAUUGAUAACAUGGGCUUGGCGCAUCUUCCAGCCCCUGGCACCCAGUCCUUGCCACUCAUCAGUGGACUUCGAGUCUUCCAUCGAACCACAAUGGUGAACCCGGAGGCUGUAGUUCGAAAUCUUCGCGGUGCACCCUCCGUCCUGCUUGGAGGCACAAGGCGAGAAGGUCCGGUCUCUGAUGAAGCCGUGAAUGAUCCAGACGCGAUGCGCGACAUUCUUCGAGCUUUGAUGGCGGCAGCGCCUAUUAAUGAGGAUGAGCUUGGAGGAGACCAGCGUGGCGGGGAUCUACAAAUUCCGAAGGAUGUGCCUGCGAGAGAGGAGGCGCUACGGGCACUGGAAGAAGCACAGCAACCCCUGGACAUGCUCAAAGAAGUUGAUGCAGAGUUGCAGGCGGCUACCAGCCAGGGCAAUGAGACUCUCACAAAGACACUCAAGAGGCUCAUGAUGGAGUACCAUCCCGACCGCAAUCAAAAUCGAGAGAAGGAGAUCAUCCCCAUAUUCAAGUAUCUGCGUCGGCUGCGCAAAGAGCAGGGGCGUCCGGCUAGCGUCAUGGCGCAGACCAAGGGCCGAGUCGUCGACCGCCUGCGCAAGAAAGCGGCUAAAAUUGCAGUCGGCGUGGGUGAGGAAGUGGCUGGAUGA